AUGCCGCAGGGGUUGAUUAACCUGUAUUGUAUUAUUUGUCUCCAGCAACUGAAAGAUGAGCUCGGCGAGGUGGUGGCGGAGCUGGAGGCGCUGGACGGGCAGGACGAGUGCAAGCAGAGCAGCAAGGCCAAGCAGAUGAGCAUCGGCCGGAAGAAAUUCAACAUGGACCCCAAGAAAGGCAUAGAGUACCUCUACGAGAACGGCCUUCUCCAGCGGACGCCUGAGGACGUAGCUCAAUUCCUGCACAAGGGCGAGGGGCUGAGCAAGACGGCCAUAGGCGACUACCUCGGCGAGCGCUCCGACUUCAACGAAGCGGUGCUGAAGGCGUUCGUGGAGCUGCACGACUUCACGGAUCUGAUACUGGUGCAGGCGCUGAGACAAUUCCUCUGGUCCUUCCGCCUACCCGGAGAAGCUCAAAAAAUCGACCGAAUGAUGGAGUGCUUCGCCCAGCGCUACUGCCAGCUCAACCCGGACAUCUUCACCAAUGCGGACACGUGCUACGUGCUCAGCUUCGCCAUCAUCAUGUUGAACACGUCCUUACACAAUCCGAGUGUGAAGGACAAGCCCACGCCGGAGCAGUUUGUGGCCAUGAACAGGGGGAUCAAUAAUGGGGGCGAUCUGCCGCAGGAGCUGCUCUUGUCAUUAUACGAGUCUAUAAAGACGGAGCCGUUCAAGAUCCCCGAGGACGACGGCAACGACCUCAUGCACACGUUCUUCAACCCCGACAAGGAGGGCUGGCUGUGGAAGCAGGGCGGCAGAUACAAGUCGUGGAAGAGACGGUGGUUCAUCCUGAACGACAACUGCCUGUACUACUUCGAGUACACGACGGACAAGGAGCCGCGGGGGAUCAUCCCGCUAGAGAACAUCUCCGUGCGCCCGGCCAGCGACCGGCAGCGGCCGCACUGCCUCGAGCUGUACGCGAGCGGCGGCGCUGACCUCAUCAAGGCGUGCAAGACCGACUCCGAGGGCAAGGUGGUGGAGGGGAAACACACUGUCUACAGAAUGUCAGCGGCAACGGUAGAAGAGCGAGACGAGUGGAUCGAGUGUCUCCGUCGCUCCAUCAGCCACAAUCCCUUCUACGACAUGCUCGCGCAGCGCAAGAAGAAGGCACAGCACAGCGUGCAUUCCAACUCGCACUAAAACGUUCUAUGGUGUUCUAAAACCUUCCAGAGUCUUCUAGAAACUUCCAGAACUCGUCACAAGACACAUCCACCGAUGAUGUGACGGAUAAUACAAGAAUGCAGAAAAUAACACGUAGUGAGUGCUAUUUUGAUAUUAAGCCGUGUAAAGACUAGAUUAGAACUACUUUAGUGCAUAAUGGUCUACUGAAUUGUAAAUGCAAAAGAGUAUUUUUGUACGAAACGUCAAUACUCACUGAUUUCAGUCUCGUUUUGUAUGGCAAAGUUAUUAGACAGUCGUUGUUAAGAUCGUGAUAAUGAUUAGUCCUUAAAACUUGUUACAUAUUAAAAUGUACCUACAACAUCUGUAUGGAAAUCUAUAAUUAGACAUCAUCUAUACGGAUUGAUAGAUUCGGUAUGCUUACUACAGGUUUUAUAGUUUAGCAAAUGGAAAAAAAAUACUUUUUCUUCAUUUUCUGCGAAAAGUUUCACGAUAGUUUCCGCUAGAGGCGCCACUUUGUAUGCGAGAAAACAAAAACUUUCACAGUUUAUGAAAAGUAUAAAAACUAGUACUAAACGUAGGUCAAAUCCAUGAAUUGACAACUUAAAUGAUGUAUUAAAGUGUCUUAUGAAAAUCUACUAUUUCGUAGUACUUACAAGACUAUCCUUUGAUUAUCCUUUUAUUGGUAUGCAAUAUACCGAAGAAAAUCUGUAAGGUCAGGACAGGACAACAAAUAUAACCUUUACGUCCAUAGUUUUAAGAGUCAUCAUUGAUUUUACUAUAAGAGCUUUAUUUUCUGUUAUGAAAUAUUCAACUCAUGUGAACAUACAGAAUGCUAAUGAUGCUAUUGAGCGAAAUUAUUAAAUAAUAUUAUGAGAA